AUGGAGACGCUGGUCGAGAGAUCGUACACGAAGAUCCGCAAGUUGACGGGGAGGUCGCAAAAGGAACUUCGAGAUGCACUGGAUGGAGUACUGGCUAAGAUUGCGGGCAAGACGAUGCGGCCGGACGAGGCCGAGAUCUUUUAUCCGCUCUGUCUAGCCAUUCUCGGACGACAGCCCAAACAAGCGUCCCAAGCUUUGGACUGCAUCGAGAAGCUCAUCUCCUAUGGGUACCUUCGCGGAACUGGCCCUGUGAACGCUGCCACCAUGGCGAAGCUGCCGAUCAAGGAAAAGGACGAAGACGCGGCCAAGGUGACCCUCAUGGACGCGAUAGUCACGUGCAUUUGCAGCUGCAACGACCACCACGACGAGGAAGUGCAGUUGCAAGUGCUCAAAGCCGUGCUUCAAGCGGUCACGAGUCGAACUUGCGACGUCCACGAACACAGUCUGCUCAAGUCCGUCCGUGCGUGCUACCACAUCCACCUCGUGAGCAAAAAUACAAUGAAUCAAACGGUGGCCAAGGCGACUUUGCAGCAAAUGGUGAGCGUCGUCUUUCAGCGCAUGGAACACAUGGAGGAAACGUUGCAUUCGAACGAUGCUGCUACGCCACCAGCGCCGGUUGCGUCCACAGCUGUGGCACGGGACGACUCGAACCACAGUCUCCCCGCCGACGACACCGACGCUCUCGAAGCUGAAAAGGCCGAACCAACCCACGCCAUGUACCCAGACGUCGUGCGAGCACUGCAUUUGCACGUUGCCGUGCAGCAUCGUGUGAACAGCACGUUGGCGAAAUCCAGCACGGCCGACUUGGACUCGACCGCGGCAGCUGCUGAGGACGAUGCGGCCGCGCCCAAGUCGGCUCCUUUGGCGACAACUUUGAAUGCGCCGUUUCCGUCGUUGUUCCACAAGGAUGCAUUUCUGUUGUUCCGGUCGUUGUGUCGCAUCUCGAUGCGGUCGUUGGCGGAAGACGCAGCGUCGACAGGGUCGUCCGCGUCGCCUGGGCUGUCCAACUCGAACCCGAACGGACCACCGCAAGGCAGCGACGACCCGUUUGCAUUUCAGAGCAAGCUCGUUUCGCUGGACUUGCUGUUGUCGAUUCUGAACAACGGCGGGCCGACGUUCCGAGACAGCGAGCGCUUCAUCACGUUGAUCAAGCAGUAUUUGUGCGUGUCGCUCCUGCAAAACUGCACGUCCAACUACACGCAGAUCGUGGAGCUAAGCCUGCGCGUGUUUGUCGUGCUGAUUGCUCAGUUCAAGGCACACCUGAAGAGCGAAAUGGAAGUGUUUAUAACCAACAUCUUCCUCGGCCUCCUUGAGAGUGAAAACUCGAGCAUGGAACACAAGCUCCUUGUCCUUGAAGUCCUAAAGCAGAUUUGCUUGGACGGUUCGAUCCUUGGCGAAAUCUUCUUGAACUACGACUGCGACUGGAACUCUAUGGACCUCUUCAAGCGCAUCGUGGACGCGAUCAGCAAGAUCGCGAAAGGCAAGAAGAGCGAUUCCGCCACCCCGACCUCAAACGCCGCCAAGCAAGCGAGCAAGGUCCAAGACACUGCGCUCGUGCUCAAAGGGUUGGAGUGCUUGACGGCGGUGGUCGGGUCGCUGAAGAAAGUCGCCAACAUUUCCGAUGAAAAACGCAAGAUGGACAAGAUGCUCAAGGAAGAGGACGACGACGCGUCGACGGCCACGUCGUCCAGCGACGAGUUGGCCCCCAUUGUGCCAGCGGACGACGCCACGAUCGCCACAACGAAUCAACCGCUGGCAAAAAUGAGCGCGGUCGAAGCGUUUGACAAAAAGAAGCGACUGCAAGAAGAGUUGGCGGAAGGAAUAUUAAAAUUCAACCUGAAGCCCACAGACGGUGUCAAGUUUCUCGUCGCGAAAAAGUACAUGGAAAACACACCACGCGACGUCGCCAAGUUCCUCCACGAGCAGAGCAACCGUCUCGAUAAAACGAUGGUCGGGGACUACCUUGGCAAGGAGGUGCAGUACCAAAACGGGUUUUGCCUCAAAGUGCUGCAUGAAUUCGUCGACAUGAUGGACUACAUGGGCCUUCAAGUGGACGAAGCCAUUCGCCACUUCUUGACCGGGUUUCGGUUGCCAGGCGAGUCGCAAAAGAUAGAUCGCAUGAUGGAAAAGUUCGCCGAACGGUACUGCUCUCAAAAUCCGGGCAUUUUUCCGUCGGCGGACACGGCGUUCAUCUUGUCGUUUUCGAUCAUCAUGCUUCAAACGGACUUGCACAAUCCGUCGAUUCCAGAGGAAAAGCGCAUGACGAAAGAGGGCUUUAUUCGCAACAAUCGCGGAAUCAACAACGGAGAAGACCUAGCGCCAGAGUUUCUCGGGGGCAUUUACGACCGCAUCAAGAGCACGCCGAUUUCGCUCAAGGAGGACGUGGAACUGAAGAAGCGCAUUCAAGUCCAGACUGGAAACGUCCAGAACAACGACCGCAUGCGGCGGGAAGCGUAUAGCAAGGAGCGUGAGGCGAUGGUGAAAAAUUCGGAGGCGUUGUUCAAACGCCGUGGGCCUACGACACCGCAAAGUGGCGCGUCGCCGUCAACGACCAGUUCGACGCCGUUUCAGUUGAUCACGGACGACACGGAAAGCUCUUACGUCCGACCGAUGUUUGAAAUCGUGUGGGCGCCGCUGCUCGCGUGCUGCAGUGUGAUCUUCGAGACGACCGACUCGGCCAGUGCGAUCACGCUUUGCAUUGACAGCUUUAAGCACGCCAUCCACUUGUCAUCGAGACUCAACAUGCCGUCCGAACGAGACGCGUUCAUCUCGAUCCUGGCCAAGUUUACCGGCCUUGCGACGUCGGCCUCGCGGGAAAUUCGCUGGAAACACGUCGAAGCCGUCAAAGCGGUUGUGUACAUUGCUGUUCAUGAAGGCAACUACCUAGGCGACGCUUGGCGUGACGUGCUGCAGUGUUUAUCGCAUCUCGCGAGGCUCCAGAGCAUUGCUCAGGGGUCUCUGUCGACGGACCAGCCGUUCUUGAACAAGCAAAGUAAAUCCUUGGACGAGUCUGGUCGGGUCGACGUUGCUCAUGACGUUGUAGCGUCCACGUCGGCGUUAAAACGCCUGGCCCGAGGGUCGUCGUCCCCCAUGUCGCUCAACUUUUCGUCGCCGUCUGCCGCGUUGUCGUCGCUGCCAUCGAUAGGUGGCGGCGGCGGGAGUGGCGCGUCCAACGGAAUUGACAGCGAUCGCUCGUUGGAAGAAGAAAACUCGCACCGCGUCGCGGGCGAAAUCGACCCGUUGCAAGUCGAUCGGGUGUUUUCGAGCAGUGUACACCUCACAAACGGCGCGAUUCAAGACCUCGUUCUCCAGUUGUGUGUCGUAUCGUUGACUGAGUGCGCCGGUAUUUCCGGGCGAGGGGUCACCGUCCGUGAAACCAAUGCCCCUCGCGUGUUUUCGCUCCAGAAGCUCGUCGAAGUCGCCGACAUGAACAUGCACGUCCGCUCCCGUGUCGUCUGGGCCAGUGUCUGGAAAGUACUGACGCGCCAUUUUACUACGAUCGGGUGCCACGACAACUUGGGCAUAGCCAUGUACGCGAUCGAUUCACUCAAGCAGCUGAGCAUGAAGUUCCUGGAGAAAGACGAACUCCGCGAUUUUAACUUUCAGCGGCUCUUCCUUGCACCGUUUGAAAUCAUCAUGGCGAACGCCGUCGCGACAGAAAUCCGUGAGCUUGUGCUCAGUUGCGUUCAAAACAUGAUUCUCGGACGCGUUCGCAACAUCAAGUCGGGGUGGAAAACGAUCUGGGGCGUCUUGCGCGUCGCGGCGGAGACGUACGAUCCUGCUGAAGGCGAAGUCGCGCGUCCUGUUGUCGCGAUGGGGUUUAGCAUUGCGCAAAUGAUCCUGACCACUCACUUUGACCGCGUGGUGUCGGUGUUUGUGGACGCCAUUGAAUGCCUCCUCGCGUUUGCUGUGUGCGGCUGCGACGACCCAAGCGAUGCCUUCAUGCAAAAAAUGGCCCACGAUGCCAUCAAUGUGCUGGCAGUUUGUCUCACUCAACUCGCCACUGGUCAUGUCAUUGAACAAGUGCAGACCGAUUCCCCGGCCAAGCGAACAACAUUUCGGUCUCACAUCGCUCUGCGCCGUCUGCACCAAGAAGAUAUAGGCCAUCGAUACCAAAAGGAAGAGUCGGCAGACGACUUGAUCUCGGACGCUCCAAUCUCACCUCGCGUGACACCGGUGACUGCGAUUUACACGGACUCGCAGUUGCACACGCGCCUCUGGUGGCCAAUUCUCACCGCACUCGCCACGCUGGGCUGCGACAAGCGACCCGAAGUGCGGCAAGUGAGCUUGGACACUCUGUUUGGUUCGCUCCAUUUGCACGGCCCAAAGCUAUCGCCUGGGCUGUGGAACAUUGUGUUCAAGGGCGUCUUGAUUCCGCUGAUCAACGACUUGCGCCAACUCGAAACAGCCACCUCGGUGGAUGCAGGAACUGCACCACCAGUCAAGUGUUGCCGAGUCGCGUUGUGCCAAGUUGUCGCGAUUUUUGGACAGUUCUACGACAACAUUGGGUUCUUGCCCGAGUUGCUCUUUUGCCUUGGCGCGUGCAUGACGGCCGAGUCCAAUUCGGGCUUAGCCUGCGCCGCAGCAACCACUCUUGAGAACCUGUUGGUGAGCCAUGGCUUGAAAUUCCCUGAAAACGUGUGGGGCUUGAUUGCCGACGAAGUCCGCCACGUGAUGGCUCAGAUCCAGCCGACGUGGAUUUUGUCCCAUGCUGCGGCCGAUCCGUCGACCGCGUCGUCACCGACUGCCGACAUAUUGUCGCCGAUGGCGCAGUUUCGAUCGUCCAACUUUGAACCGCCCGGCCCGCCGUCGUUUAUCUCCAUGUACCCUGCUGUCAUGCAUGCGCUCAAAUUCCAAUUCAGCGUGGUACCGCGCAACACGAGUGCCGAAGAAGGCGUGCAUCGACCAACGUCUGGAAUCCCAUCGACCACGCACUUGUUGGUGUUGCUCACUUUGCAGUCGUUGCUCGGCAACGUGUUGACGACGCGGCUUAAAAGCCCAAUGGCGCUGUCGCCAGGACACGCGUCGUCGCUGCUGACUGCACUCAAGGAUAGCUACGUGUUUGCCCGGCAGGUCAAUGACCGUCUGGACAUUCGCACGACAUGCACGCGAGCAGGAUGGGUGUACCCGCUCGACAAGCCUGUCGCGAUGUCGAGCAGCUUCCUCCCUCAAGAGAUGAACGGCAAGUGGGAGUACAUUCGCGUGCUGUUUGCGAUGGUGGAGAAGCAAGUUGCUUUGGCGGACACACGCCAGCUCCUGAAAGAGCUGUUGACACGAACGAUUGGCGAGUUUUUACUGUGGAGCCGCGCCAACAGCUCAGUCGACAUGACAACAGUCUCGACGCCGAUCUCGCCCGACGAACAGUUUCGAUCCAAGAGCUACGUGUCAGUAGUCGUCGAUAUCUUGCAUGCGCUGAAUGCGUGGCCCACGGCCGAGCUUAAACUUCACUUGCCUUGGCUGUAUCCGCUCGUGGUCGACCUGGUGCGAUCGAACGACCACGACAUUCGCAAUGCAGUGCACGCCCUGCUGUCGUCCAAAGUGUCGCAGGUGUUGGCAUAUUGA